UCCAUACUAAUCUUUGGUCCACUACGCUGCUACAAGAGGUCGAAGGCUUGGAAUUGAAUUCAUUUCCCCACUGCGACUUCAUGGCAGAUGAGAAUGUACGCGGCUGGAAUGUCUGCUGUCUCUGCAUUGAAACCGGCCUUGCGCCCCGCGCGAUUCUGCCGGUGGUACGGCCUUACUUUGCCGAGGUUUAAGUCUGGAGCCAGUGAAUUGAACUUGCCAGCAGGCUCCUCCAAUUCUGUGACAUUAAGAACCAUUGAUGACUUGCCUGGGCCAAGUCUAGCCACUACUAUCUACUGGCUUUUCGUAAAGGGCUACGCGGACAAGAAUCACGCAAUGCAGGUUGAACACCGGCGACUGUAUGGUCCGAUCUGGCGCUCACGAUUUGGCCCUUUUGACAUGGUGAAUGUUGCGACUUCAGAACUUAUUGCUCAGGUGACCCAGCAAGAGGGACGCUACCCAGUCCGGACGUUAUUACCACACUGGAAGGAGUACAGGGACCUGAGGGGCCAGGACUACGGCCUUCAUGUCCACACAGGUCCAGACUGGUACCGUAUCCGCAGCGCCCUGAACCCUAGGAUGCUGAAGCUGCAGGAGGUGUCCGAGUACGCCCCUGUGGUCCACCACGUGGUGACUGACCUGCUGCGGCGCGUGGAGAGGCUGCGUCUGCGCAGCCCGGACCAGGCCACUGUCUGCGACUUCACCGCUGAGCUCUACAAGUUCGGCUUCGAAGGGGUCUCCUCCAUCUUGUUUGAGACCCGGCUGGGCUGCCUGGAGGACGACGUCCCCCCUGACACGCAGCGCUUCAUCGCCGCAGUGAAUGACUUGUUCACAGUGUCCGACAUCGUCCUCUUAUUACCCCGCUGGACCCGCCGUGUCCUGCCUUUCUGGGAUCGUUUUGUCCGUGCCUGGGACGACCUCACCGGCGUGGCUCAGCGUCUGGUUGACAAAAGAGUUGAAGAAAUCACAGGGAAGUUGAAGCAGGGGGAGCAGGUAAAGGGCAUGUACCUGACAUACCUGCUGUCCAGUAACAAGCUGUCUCUGGAAGAGUUGUACACAAGCAUCACAGAGCUACUGCUUGGAGGAGUGGACACGACAUCCAACACCCUGUCCUGGACUCUGUACCACUUGGCCCAGGACGAGGCCAUUCAGAAGCGGCUCCACCAGGAGGUCACUUCUGUCUGCCCGGGGGAGCAGCUGCCCACCACGGAGCACCUGAGCAGGAUGCCUCUCCUGAAGGCUGUCAUCAAGGAGAUACUCAGAUUGUACCCCGUUGUUCCUGGGAAUGCCCGUUACUUUGUGGAUAAUGAGGUCAUCAUAGGCAACUACUGGUUCCCAAAGAAGACCAUGUUCCACCUGUGCCACUAUGCUACCAGCCACGACGACGCCCAGUUCCCGGAACCCGAGCGCUUUCUCCCAGACCGCUGGCUGCGGGGGAGCCCCGCCCGGUCCCAGCAUCACCCCUUCAGCUCCAUCCCUUUUGGGGUGGGGGUCCGGGCCUGUGUGGGCAAGAGGGUGGCCGAGCUGGAAAUGCAUUUGGCCCUGACCCGACUGAUACGGCAGUACCAGUUCCUGCCUGAGGACAAUGCUGUUCCCAUAGAACCCAAGACUCGAACCCUGAUGAUCCCCUCCAAGCCAGUCAACCUCCGCUGUCUCCCACGUGCCUGAGGGCUCAGUGCCUCUGAAAUUUUAGCUUUUUGGAUCUCUCUGGAGUCUCAAACAAAAAGUUAACUUUUAUAUGGAUCAUUCCAUGAAAAAAGGGGUACCUGUUCACUUUUGAAAAGUUACAUUAUUAUCAUCUUUUUGGCCAGUUCUGCUAGUCUUUGGAAAAAAGAUCACUUGAAGUGAUAGGAAAGUGUCAGCUGCCAACUGUCUAAACCUUCUCUUUUAUUCGUAAUUUUCUUCAACAUGUUAUGCACAUAUGCAUUAAUAUUUGAAUGCAGUCUCUGUGCUGAUUUCAUUUUUAGAUUCUUAAUGUUUUAUUCAUGUUUAUCUUUUUUGUAAUUCUUUAGGACAAUUAUGCAAGGUUAACUGAUUUAUAACUGACACAUCAUGUAUUUAUAGAAAAACUGAAAAAGAGGAUGCUUCCCAGCUUAGAAUGGCUCAUUAUAGCCCUUUCCCACUGUAGAGCUGAACCAGGCUGGCUCAUUAUAGCCCUUUCCCACUGUAGAGCUGAACCAGGCUGGCUCAUUAUAGCCCUUUCCCACUGUAGAGCUGAACCAGGCUGGCUCAUUAUACCCCUUUCCCAAUGUAGAGCUGAACCAGGCUGGCUCAUUAUACCCCUUUCCCAAUGUAGAGCUGAACCAGGCUGGCUCAUUAUAGCCCUUUCCCACUGUAGAGCUGAACCAGGCUGGCUCAUUAUACCCCUUUCCCACUGUAGAGCUGAACCAGGCUGGCUCAUUAUACCCCUUUCCCACUGUAGAGCUGAACCAGGCUGGCUCAUUAUACCCCUUUCCCGCUGUAGAGCUGAACCAGGCUGGCUCAUUAUACCCCUUUCCCGCUGUAGAGCUGAACCAGGCUGGCGCAUUAUACCCCUUUCCCACUGUAGAGCUGAACCAGGCUUACCCACUCUCGAGCUGUGAUCUAGAACGAGCCGAAACUGGAUGACUUGCUACAACAUAAACUAUUGCUAUUGCACUAUUGCGUGAUGCUAAACUGGUGAGGACAAGGGAGGCUUGAGUGAGGACGGGGAUGACUUCAGCUGCCAGCCAAAGGAGCACACUGCAAAAAAAGUAUGUUUUACCAAGUGUUUACUCUUGUAAUUAGACUUCAAAUUUUUAUUAUUAUCAAGUUGAAAAUAUUGGCUUGUUUUGCUUGAUAAAAUAAAUAGUCAAUUUGGCAAACCUUGAGAUGAGUCAAACUGCCUCACCUCUUUGGCAA